AGAGUUAGGCAGGAGGGGUGUCUCGACAGCUGCUAAAAUCACUUCAGAUUCACUGGAACGGAGCUAUCUUUUCCAAUUAAUAUUCAUGUUUAGCACAGUCAACACUUCAUUUUGUUACAUAUUUUGAUACGAUGAGGAUGAGUCGGCAAUGGCCUCUGCCUUUGUAGAUGUUGCAAUAUCAAUGCCAGAGAAAAUAGCCGGUAUCCGCUUCACAGGAACUUGGGAACUCCUCAAAUUGAAGAUUUGGCUGUAAGUUGUCUGGCUAACUAUUUUUACAUUACCAAUAGGCUACUCAUCUCUUUCGAUUAAUGUGCAAGUAAAUAUGUUAAAGAUCAUGCUACAAGGUGAUGGAUAUGCAUUUUAAGACUCCCCCAGAACCUAUCCCGAUGGAUUAUUAACAGUGCAUUUUAGUACACUCCAGUUCUAUGUCUUCCGGACAGAUAAUGGAAACGCUUCGGACGGUGUUGGUCGCGCACUGCUCAAGGAAGUAUCUUUAGGCUAAAAGAUCUGAACACAGACGGGGGGCAUCAUUUCUACAUCCGAUACUGCGACAAUAAGGGAAACAAAUAGCAUACUUUUCAUCAACAUAUGAGACGUUUUGAGACGCUAAUAUGAAUACAACAAUGGAGCACACUGGAAUUGAAGAGGUAAACCAGACACACCAGCAGCACGAGCCCAUCAGUUUUGGAAUAGACCAGAUUCUGAACAGCACGGACCAGUCCAGCAGCUGCAUGCUGCCCAACCGAACCAGCGACACGGAUUACACGCUUGCCCCAAACGUUUACACCAAUGGCUAUAACAGCGUCUAUAACCCGGCCUGCUCUAUGGCGGCUGGACUCGCAGGUUCCUAUAACGUGAACAUGAACAUGAACGUCAGCAUGAACAUGAACGUUAACGUGAAUGGUGGGAACGCCGGUGGUGUUAUCAGGGUGCCAGCUCACAGACCCAUGCCACCGAAUCCACAUCAGCCCCCGCCUACCCAUCCACCUGGCUUCGCGGGUGGCAUCACCUCAGUGACUUCAAUGCCGAGUAUGGGAAAUGCAGCAAACUUUACCUUCCCGUGGAUGGAGAGCAGUCGAAGGUUCGCAAAGGACAGACUCACUGCGGAGCAGGCAGAGGACAGACAAGCAGGAGACCCCAGUGGGAGGCCAGGAGCCCCCCCGGCCCUGCCAGGCCUCUGCCCUCUCCCCAAGGGGGACAUUGGCAGGGUCCCUACCUGGAGCUCUAUGGAGACAUUAGCCAAACACUAUUACCCCGAACUCGCUCACCUGCGAGACACCGGCCCAUUUGCAGACUAUCCCUUUCGAAAGGGUACUUGUCCAGCAGCCCUUUCUCCCUUCUCGGUGACCCGGCGCAUCGGCCACCCCUAUCAGAACCGGACGCCACCCAAAAGAAAAAAGCCCCGCACCUCAUUCAGCCGUGUGCAGAUCUGCGAACUUGAGAAACGCUUUCACCGACAGAAGUACCUGGCAUCGGCAGAGCGCGCCACCCUGGCCAAGGCCCUGAAGAUGACAGACGCACAGGUCAAAACCUGGUUCCAGAACAGGAGGACAAAAUGGCGGAGACAGACAGCCGAGGAGCGCGAAGCAGAGAGACAACAGGCCAACCGUCUGAUGCUGCAGCUCCAACAGGAGGCCUUUCAGAAGACCCUGAGCCAGCCCCUGCAGCAGGACCCCUUGUGCCUGCACAACUCCUCCUUGUACGCCCUACAGAACCUACAGCCCUGGGCGGAGGACAACAAGGUGACCUCCGUCACCUCCCUGGCAUCUGUGGUCUGACUGACCGUGUGUGCGUGCGUGCAUGUGUGUGUGUGUGUCGGGGGGAAUGGUGUGUGUGCAUAUGUGUAAUUCAUAAUAAGAAUAUAAUAGUAAUGUUGAGGAUUUUUCUAAAUGUGGGUGGGCCAUUUGUUGGGGAGGGACCACAUAUCUACAGUAGACAUAUGCACAUAAAAAUGCAUUUUAUGCAGACUUUUGCAUUGUGGAAUUGUACAGUAAUAUGUUUUGUUAUUUAACGUGCAUAGCAACCGACAAUAAGGACAAGGAGGAAACCUAUAGUAUAUGACGUUUUCUCUAUGUAUUUCUUUAUAAACCACGUAUUCUCUUUUAUAGAUCAUAUGUGGACUUCUUGGCGUGGACAGACAUACAUUUAGUUCCACUGAAAUGGACAAUGAUCAAUGAGUCUUCUAAGUUUUUUCAGACCUGAUUCUGUCAAGUAAUUUUCCUACCUUACACUAGAUUUUCACUCUCCCUUCAGCUGUCGGUCUAAACAGAGGACGGAGCUAAAUCCUACCUGAAAUCUAACGGACACAUCAGUAGAUGCCUACCAUCAAGACUGUCCUGUUGCCAACAGGGAAGCACUGACUCUCAGCCAUAUGGCAACAAAACUGGAUCUGAUUCCUUUAACUGGAUCGGAUUCCUCUAACUGGAUCUGAUUCCUUUGCGUUUGGCUUUGUACAAUGUAGUAAUGCAUGUUUCCGAUAUUUCUGUGUGCACUUGGAAUUGCCGUUGAAGUCACCAGCUUUCCAGGUGGAUCCCUUCCCUGACUGCAGUUUGCAAGUGGUAUUGUGGAAUAUCUCUUCGAGGAUUCCUCAUAACUUACUACAUUUAAAGGUGUUUUAUAUUAAAUGAUAUUGUGACUUUUUGAAAAGAUUAUCAAAAUUGAAAGCCUCUUU